GUCAUUUGUGCUAUUCUUUGCAAAUUAUUGUGUAUAUAAUUAAUACGGUAGUAUCAGUGUAACUGAUAUAUGUAUAUCGUUUUUAUUUGACAGGCAGCUCAAUGCAUUAAUGUAAAGAAUCUGCUCGCGAAUCCAAGUUUUUGGAUUUAACUGGCUAAUGUUCCAUUUAGACUAAUCAGAUGCCAGGCUGCACAAAGUUGGCUGGCAUACGUUAAUAUUUUUAUACUUUUCUUACUGGUUAACGUAGACGCGACAGUCUGUACAAUGUUAUUGUCUUUUACAGGAAACAUGAUUCGAAUGACGGACUAAAGAAAUAAGCUUAGAUAGCUGUGUCGAUCAUGGUGAACUAUGUACCUGACGUUAUGCGCCCCCCCCCAAAAAAAAAGGCUGGUUUAAAAUUCGUUCCAACUAACGUUAGUUGCUAAAAUAUAUUUUGUUUAAUAAUGUCAUGGUUUACGAAUUACUAUCAUGGUGUAUACAGCAUCGCAAGUUAGCUGUAUCGAACGUUGCUUAAAUUAACAUGUCUCUGAACCAUGUAUCUUAAUGUGGUAUUUCUAUAUAAUUCAGUUCAAGGGUAAAGUUGGAUCUGAACUGCAGAGAAUCGGACCGUGAUCAUAAUGGGGAAAAGCUGUAAGGUGGUGGUAUGUGGACUGGCAGCCGUUGGUAAAACCGCUGUCCUGGAACAAUUGCUUUAUGCCAAUCACGUUGUGGGUUCAGAGCCAAUGGAAACUUUGGAGGACAUCUAUAUUGGGUCCAUUGAGACAGACCGGGGUGUGCGGGAACAAGUCCGCUUUUAUGAUACACGUGGGCUGAGAGAUGGCCUGGAAUUCCCCCGCCACUACUACUCGUUUGCUGAUGGCUUUGUACUCGUCUAUAGCAUAGACAAUAAGGAGUCCUUCAAACGCAUGGAGGCACUGAAGAAAGACAUUGAUCGUUAUCGUGAUAAGAAAGAGGUUACCAUUGUGGUGCUGGGGAACAAGGGCGACCUUCAGGACCAGAAGAGAGUGGACUCGGAGUUUGCACAGCACUGGGCCAAGACGGAGAAAGUGCGUCUGUGGGAGGUGUCAGUAGCUGACCGGCGCACUCUGAUUGAGCCCUUUGUGUACCUGGCUAGUAAGAUGACCCAGCCUCAGAGCAAGUCCACUUUCCCAUUGAGUCGUAACAAGAACAAGGGUGGAGGCUCUCUGGACAGUUGAGAACCAAACAGGAGCAGGGGAAGCACUUCAGCUACUAUCCAACCAACAGGCAGACAUACACAUGCAUAAAUACUCAGGAGGCUUAUUGACCGGCAGACACUUCUACACACAGAAAUAAUGGACAAUCAGAAGAUCUAAGCAGAGUGCAACUGUUUAAAUAAUGAAAAUAUGGAUGGAUGUGGUCAUAGAUGUGGAACUUGUGAGGUGUCACCUUGAGCAUGUGGGUGUGAAUUGAACCACAGCAGAAGUUAGGAACAUCUGUUAAUGUGUUUAUUAGCAUUCCCAUCUCUAUCAAAAGUUUCAGUAUUGCCUCUCACAGUAAAAUGCUGUUCAAUUUCAGUAAAGUUACAGAUGCAUUCCAAUGCAUUCCUUCAAAGCGUGUUUCAAUGUUUAGUAUAUUGGUUUCAACAAGUUGUAAAUUAUAAGACAAUGUACACAGACUGAAUGUGGACCAAUGAUUUCAGUGCCUGCUCAGAUCUAUUUACUGUUUCUGCACAGGUCAAUGAAACUUGUUUUUAAAUAUUACUUUUUUCCUUGUGGCACUGGCUAAAUUAUGGCUGUGUUACACAGGUUGAACAGAAAAUGGGACCGUGACUGUUGCAUUAUGUACUUAACUACUAGUUUCUGGGUUAGUGCUAUUACUAUUGCCUAUAGUAUUUAUCAGGUCAUAUAUCAGACUGACUGUCUGACAUUUUAACUGGUUAAAAAAAUCCUACAUUUGCCUUCAUAUCAACUUCCUGAAGUCUUGUUUUAUGUAUUAUCUCAACAGAAUACACUGGUGUUAUUCGAACACAUGCACUGUUAAGUGCAGUGAGUCGUGCAGGGAUGUUUUAUGCAUUAUAUCCUAAAGCAUCUACUCUUUCAAUAUGAAAGCUAUGUUUAUGUUACAAAAAGUGGACACUGCAGUGGAAAGCCAUUCCAAUGUACUUUGUAUCCUUACUGUAUGUGUAGUAAAUGACCAUUUUCAUUCUUUA